GGCGUAAUUGUGUGAAAGCUUUUAGCGUGAAAGCUCUGUUGUUUAUAAACAAACAGCGCGCGGCGUAUCACUGUAUUGUAAUAGUAUAGACCAAAUUGAGAGAUCCAGCAAUAGCUCGCUCACAGUAUAAACGCAAUUCUUAAGUAUAAACGUCAUGGUGAAGGUCAGUGAAAAUGCAGAGAAGCUGGAGCUGCCAGAGCUGCCAGAGAAGCUGGAGGUGCCAGAGUUGCCCGACUGGUUAGAUGAGAGUAUGUUUGUGGAGUUCUUGCAAAGCGACUUCAAAGACUACAAAGCCAUAAGAAACUUUAAGGUGGAGCCAACGGGUGGCAAGGGCGAAAACUUUACGUCUUUGGUGGUGCGCGUAAAAAUUGUUGUCGAGCUAAAUGAUGGCAGCGAGGGAGAAACCUCAUAUAUUGUCAAACUGUUGCCGCUAACAUUGAGCACACGCGAUAUGAUUGCAAGCUGGAAGGUGUUCGAUAAGGAAAAGCUCACUUAUGGCAGCUAUGUGCCACAAUUUGAACAAAUGUUUAGGGACAAAAGCAAAGAGAUUACAUUCGGGCCUAAAUACUAUGAGCCAACACAUGCGGCGAGCGAGGAACUAAUCAUCUUGGAAGAUCUGGGCAAUCGGAGCUUUAAGAAUGUCAAUCGACAGUUGGGCUUGGAUGUGGUACACACCAAAGCUGUGUUAGAUAAGUUGGCACAGUUUCAUGCCGCAUCCGCAGUGCACUAUGAGUUAAAUGGACCAUAUCCGGAACUCUAUGAUCGCAAUCUAUGUAGUCCAGAGGAUAAAUUUCAGGACUUUCGCGAUGGGCAAGCCAAAUCUCUUAUCAAGGCUCUGCCGCUCUAUGAUGCUGCAUAUUUGGAGAGCACGUUGAAAACUUACACCUCCAUCGCACCGGAUAUGUUUCAGGCUUAUGCGCCCAAGUUUGAGGGCGAGUUUCGUUGUUUGAACCAUGGCGACUUUUAUUGCAAUAAUAUUAUGUUUCAAUAUGAUGAGCAUGGAGACAUCAAGGACACCUACUUUAUAGAUCUGCAAAUGAGUCGAUUUUGCUCGCCGGCACAGGAUUUGAUCUACAUACUUCUAUCCUCUGUGGCGUUUGAGUUAAAAUUCACAAAAUUUGAUUACUUUGUGUUCUACUAUCACAGCAAGCUAGUUGAGUAUCUGAAAUUAUUGGAUUAUAACCAGCCACUGCCUACAUUGAGUGGCCUUCACAUGGCGAUCCUUAAUCAUGGCGAUUGGGUUUAUCCUGUGAUAUCGCUACUACUGCCACUGGUAUUAAUCGAUCCCAGCGAGAAGACCAAUAUGGACACCAUGAUGGAUCAAGAAAAUGAAGGUGAUCAGCUUAGGAACACCAUGUUUGGACACAAGCGGGUUGUUCAGCACUUUAAGCAGCUGCUACCCUGGGCUCACAAUCGUGGGUUAUUUGUGUAUACGCCAAAGAUGAAUAACUAAAACUGAACUAAUAAUAAUAAAAUAGAAAAAUACUUUGAAUACCAAACAACAUCUGUAUUUACCAGGUAAGAAUUUGCUACUACUUUAGAAACGCAGAAGCUCGAAGUCGUUAAAAAGGAAAGGCCUGUAAAAUCUUGGAAUUUCUAAUAAAAAACUGAUUAUUUAUUGUCGUCGUGCGCUUGGGAAAAAAUCAAAGCGCAGUCAUUGUGAAUUCGCAUAGAGUGUGCCAAGCUAUUCUUGCUACGUUCUUAUCGAUGGCUCGUGGCAACUGCCUACCAGCAUGGGAAGUUUAUAAGAAUGUUAAAAUCAUUGUAUGCCUCAUAAGUGUGCACUUUUUUUGUGAUAACAAUUUACGUAAUUCAGGUCGAUAACAAAUAAUCUCUAAUGAAUAGAUUCAUAAAGUGGAUUUGACUUAGAUAAUCAGAAAAAUACAAAUUGGUCACACGCUAACAAUUCUGACAGUCAUUUUAGCUGUGUUCAGGUUUGACCACACUCAUUUACUGGAAGGUACGAAAUAUAAACGAAGUCCUUAAAAAUCGUGUAAGAUUUGGAAGUUAACAGUAA